AUGCCUAUUAACUCGCUCAUCAAUAUCGACCGUGGUGCCGACUAUGAUGUUGCUACUGUUGCUACUGUUAGUGCUGUUAGUGGUGAUGUUGGAGUUGACGCCAUCCAAGCUACUGAUGCAGAUGGCUCCCUGGUGGUUGAUUCCCUCGCGUCUCCGGCGGAACUCCUCGCCAACUUCAGAAACAAGCUUAAAGCCACGGCUGCUAUAGAUACCGUCAAUCAGACCCAGGCCAACGGUUUAAAAUUGAUGAAGAACGAAUUUCAACUUCUUGCCACCACCAAUGGAAUCUUCAUCGAGCCUAGGAUUGUGGAUGAACUAAAGAAUAAGCUAGUUGAACUUGAACCCAAAAUCUUUGAGAAGAUUUCUCGAAGAAGUCGAUUGGUCAGGCAGGAAGAAGAGCCUCUUAGACGUAUCAAAAACAUGCGUCUUCGUAGAUUGGUCGAACUCCAGAAGCAGAAAGAUGCACAACUAAAGCUUCUGCAUAAGAUCCCUAGUAAUAUUGGUUCUGUCAGUGGUCCUUCUUCUAGUUAUGUCAAUAUAGCGCCUAAGGAAGGGGGUAAGCGUAGAGCCAGAGACUCGGUCUAUUAUGAAGAAGAACCUAGAAAGAGGCGUAGAAGGGGCGGAAAUGCCUCUACCGAUAGUGAGAAUAUCGCUUCACGUACAUUCAGAUCGCACGAUGAUGGUCACAAAUUGCCCACAAUAAAGUUGACGCUGAAGCCAAGAUUGACUAUGAAGGAGCAACGGGCCAUUACCAAGCAAUAUGACAACACGUACAUUUCCAUCUGGAAAGACUUGUCGAGAAAGGAUGGCCCAAAGGCAUAUCGCUUGUUUCAGCAAUCUCUUCAGGCAAAGCAGGUCAAUUUGCGAAAGACCUGUCAAUUAGCCACCAGAGAGUCGCGUCGUUGGAAGGUUAAAACCACCAAAUCAGUAAAAGAUCAGACCACUAAAGCCCGUAGGUCAAUGCGUGAGAUGCUCAAUUUCUGGAAGAAGAACGAGCGUGAGGAGAAGAUGUUGAGAAUGAAAGCUGAGCAGGAGGCUAUAGCCAAGGCCAAGAAAGAAGAAGACGAAAGAGAGUCUAAGAGACAGGCCAGAAAGUUGAAUUUCUUGAUUAACCAGACCGAGCUCUACUCUCAUUUCAUUGGCAGCAAGAUCAAGACCCAAGAGUAUGAAGGAGAAAUGGCAGAUAAGAAGAUUAAAAGUAGUAACGGAAGUGUUACAGGUACUGCCGUUGACGCAAAAAAUGUUGAUCUUUCACACGCCAACAAGGAUUUCCAUAGUUUGAACUUCGACGAAGAAAAUGAAGAGGAAUUGCGGAAGACCGCUGCUGCAAACGCUAAAACAGCUUUACUCGAGGCUAAAAAGAAGGCUGACAGGUUUAAUGAUAGUGCACAAAAGGACAGCAAGCAGGAAUUGAACAAUGGCGAGAUGAAUUUCCAGAACCCUUCGUCUAUUGGCGACAUUUCGAUUCCUCCUCCUAAGAUGUUAGACUGUACUCUGAAAGAGUAUCAGAAGAAAGGUCUCAACUGGCUUGCCUCAUUGUACGAGCAAGGUAUCAACGGUAUUUUGGCCGAUGAGAUGGGUCUUGGUAAGACUGUUCAGAGUAUCUCUGUUCUGGCAUAUCUGGCCGAGACACAUAACAUAUGGGGCCCCUUUUUGGUGGUUACACCUGCUUCCACAUUGCACAAUUGGCAACAAGAGAUUACCAGAUUUCUUCCUGACUUUAAGGUGCUUCCCUAUUGGGGUACCGCCAAAGACAGAAAGAUUUUGAGAAAGUUCUGGGACAGAAAGAGCAUUGUCUAUCACAGAGAAGCUGCAUUUCAUGUUGUGGUGACCUCUUAUCAGCUUGUUGUUGCCGACUCUCAAUAUUUUCAAAAGAUGCGUUGGCAGUAUAUGAUAUUGGAUGAAGCCCAGGCUAUUAAGUCUUCUCAAUCGUCUCGUUGGAAGUCCUUGUUAACCUUCCAGUGUAGAAACAGACUUCUUCUUACAGGUACUCCUAUUCAGAAUAAUAUGCAAGAGUUGUGGGCAUUGCUUCACUUUAUCAUGCCUUCGUUGUUUGACUCUCACGAUGAAUUUAGCGAGUGGUUUUCGAAGGAUAUCGAGUCACAUGCCCAAGCUCAUACUAAACUCAAUCAGCUCCAGUUGGAAAGAUUGCAUGCCAUAUUAAAGCCGUUCAUGCUUCGUCGUGUGAAAAAGAACGUUCAAAGUGAAUUAGGAGAGAAAAUUGAAAUUGAUGUCUACUGUGAGUUGACCAGUCGUCAAAAGAAACUUUAUAAAAUGCUUCGAUCACAGAUAAACUUGAUGGACUUGAUUGAAAACAGUAAGAAGAUUCAUCACAGGAGUCACGGAGGAACGGAUUAUGAUGAAGAUGGCUCUGGCGAUUCUCUUAUGAAUGUUGUGAUGCAGUUUAGAAAGGUUUGUAACCAUCCAGACUUAUUUGAGAGAGCCGAUACGAAGUCUGCAUUUAUUUGCGGUCGUUUCGCAGAGACAGCUUCUCUCAUUAGAGAGGGAAAUCAAGAUCUCCUUGAAGUUGAUUACACUACACAGAAUACUAUUCAGAUGAAAGUUCCUAGGUUGAUCCAGGACGAACUUUUGAGUCCAUCUUAUGAUCAUGGUGAAAUAUACGAUCGGGUGGUAAGCAUUCCAAAGAAGUUCAGUAUUUGGAACCCAGAGAACUUUGCCAAAAGUGGAGAUCUUCUGUGUUUAAGACUUCUAACGGAUAGCGCAAACGAUUUGAUCCGGCAGGCUCACAGAACUGUUGUUGAAAACGCAAUUGAUCUACGCAGUUAUAACGUGACUGAGUCCUCUGAUCUUCUCUCUUCCCUCAAGUCCGUCCGGCGUAAGGUCUGCGAGGAUAUGUACCUUGCCACAAAUCGACAGUGUGCGUUUGAAUCAUGUCGGGCACCUCCUAUAGAAGUGAGAUGUUCAAAUCAACGAUUCACUAAUAGGCAUCGUGAUAAGCUGUUCAACGAGAAGUUUAGAGCAGCGUUGCAUCCAUUGAGCUUGAACAAUCAGUGGGAUUUGUACAAGAAAAAAGUUCCUUUGGAGAUGUGGCCCAAAGCAGAGAUGCUCCCGGAAAAGUUAUCGAAUGAAGAAUCAUGGUCCACUAUCAGGCUUCCAUCAAUAGAGAGAUUUGUGUUGGACAGUGGUAAGUUGAAGAAGCUCGAUCAGAUGCUCCCAGAGCUCAAGAAAAAUGAUCAUAAAUGUCUCAUGUACUUCCAAAUGACCCGAAUGAUGGAUCUCAUGGAAGAAUAUUUGAACUACAGACAAUAUAAGUACAUUAGAUUGGAUGGUUCUUCUCGACUAAGCGAUAGAAGAGACCUAGUUUAUGACUUUCAGACAAGGCCAGAGAUUUUCAUCUUCUUAUUAUCGACAAGAGCUGGUGGUUUAGGAAUUAACUUGACGGCGGCAGAUACGGUUAUCUUUUACGACUCCGAUUGGAAUCCUACUAUUGAUUCACAAGCAAUGGAUAGAGCGCAUAGGUUGGGACAGACCAGACAGGUUACUGUUUAUAGAUUAUUGGUUAAGAAUACGAUCGAGGAGAGAAUGAGAGAUCGUGCCAAGCAGAAGGAGCAGGUCCAGAAGGUUGUUAUGGGAGGUAAGAUAGAUGAGGAUGAAGAAAGUACAGAAAAGGAUGGUGUCGAUGAAAAUGAGAAUGAAAAUGAAACGGGUACUGAGACUGAGACCGGUAAUGAGACGGGAACAGAAACAGGCACUGAAACCGGAAUGGAAACAGGAACGGAAACGGAAACCGGGGUUGGGGUGGGGAUUGGAGGAAAGAAGGGAGAGAAAAAGCAGAUAGCGAUGUGGUUACUUCAAGAUGACGAUUAA